AUGCCUAGCUUUAUCCUUAAGGCCUUCCGAUACUCGUUGCGGACGUCUUGCCGUGUCCAACUUUGUCCUAGAAAGGCUGCCUUAAUCGCGCUGAGGGCGGGUGCAGCCCCUCUAGAGCUCUGGAUAAUAGAGACAACAGUUACCCGCUCCUCGUUGGUUUCCGCCAUCAUCAGCAGCCAGCCAAAACGCUAUUAG